AUGGAACCGAAUAGGGAUAGCUCGGAUGACUUAGCUACGGAGCUGGCUGGUCCAGUACGUAUCCUAGUGCAGACAUUCACUCAUCUUAUUCCCGGAAAAGGAUACUAUGAUAAGCGUAACUUCAUGUUAAACAGAAUGUGCCAGAAGCAUUGGAACUGUGACUGGGAACCUAGAAAGCAUAGAUGGAAUUGCCAUGGUACUGAUUUUGCUUUUGACAACCGCCGAUGCUACUUUCUCAUCGACUAUGGCGAAGCGUCCGACGAUACAGAUGUGCCUAUUCUAUCAUAUGAGUGGACAGGGCAGUCUCUUGAAAGCAAACCGGGGUUAGCUCAAGCCUCUAAGGUACAACACAUACUCCGAAAGUACUAUCCAUUUUCUGGUCCGCCUCCUAAAAGUCAGAAGGAAUGGACCUUCUGCGAAUCCGUUAAGUCGUUCCUUCACCAGGAAAUGGGUUUUUCAAACAAAGAGCUCAAACAUAUCCAGGAGCACCCAGAAGACGCAAAGUGGCUUCAGAAGAACUUGGAGCCUAGAUUUUGGGCUGAAAUUGAGAAACAGACCAAGUAUAUGGACGAAACAGAGAGGCUUAUUGCAGCCGGAAUACUGAAACCACCGAUGGGACCCAUGUCUAAGGAAUUAGAUGAUCACCCACCUGAGGGAGUACCGAUUCCACCAAGCGAAGCUGAGAAGUAUCAAAAACUAGCACAAGAGCUAGGGAGACCGGUUGGGGAGUUAAAUGUUCCAUGGAGGGAGUGGAAGAAAUUCGAUGAGUAUAACUCCAACGCAGUGACACAAGGGCGCGAAUUUAUGUCGUGGGAGGAGUGGGAAAGGAAAAUCCAGAAAGAAGAAUAA